GGUUGUGUGACACCUCCAGAGCACAGUGCUGCUGCUUGGCAUCCUUGUCAACGUGAUAGACAGGCAGGUUCAUGGACAUCAAGUGUCCCCAUCUAAAUAAACCACUGCAUCCACUGUUCUCGAGUGUGCAUCCAGACGGGCGAGUGUGUCCCCAGGGACAGUGUGGCUGGCAGUCAGCUCCACUCCCCCAUGGGCUGCAAUCAGGAUGCUGUCCACAAAGCCACAUGCUGUGGCCGGGACAGGCUGGGCAUUGGGCAGGACUGUCUGCCUCCCAAAGGCCCUGUCCCUGCUGUGCUCAGUGGGGGUCACCCCAGGGACUCCUGUAGCUCUGGGGAGGGUGUGGGCUCCAUUCUGAGGCCCCCAGGCUGGGCUAGGGAGCAGGUGCAGCCCCUGGUACAGGCCACAUAGGACUGGCCAGGAAGCCAUGGUCAGACUCCCAAGGUGUCAGGAGACAGGUGUGGCCUGAGGACUAAGCCCCCUCCUACGCUGCCCCAGAAGCAGGGAAGCCACAGCCACCACAGCCACAUGUGGCCAGGCAACAGCCUUUAUCUGCUAACCCCAUUGGGAACUGCAUGGCAUGGGGAGGUCAGGGGCUGCCAGGGUCCUGGAUGGAGAGUGGGGGUCCCUGGUGAUGGAUGUUCUGGGUCUUGAGGUGUCCACAUCCUCGACUCAGCUUCACAGGAUGUGGCCACCUUGGCAAACUGAGGGUGGGGGAGAGAAGCAGGGACCUCUGACCCUGUCACCAAUGAGCAUGAGUCUGCAUUACCUCAACAUCAAAACACUUGUUACAGAUAAAUAACUAAAAGCCAACUCACCGUGCCCCUGAGCAUCCCCAACAGGAGCACACAGCUGUCGCGGGGACAGCUCUCUCUGUGGUGGUACCAGCCUGCAGCUGACAUUGGACACACUCAUGGGAAAGGCUCCAGGGAUGCAGGCAUAGCCAGGCCCCAGGUUACCAAUUAACAGGGCUCCACCGGCUUUCCUUUAAAUAAACCAGAGGAUGUGACGGAGGGGAUGCUUGGGCUCUAAGCCAGCAGAGGGUGCAGGUGCGGUGUGGUCUAGAUGCUCCCAGAGACACUGGACCACUAUGGCCCAGGACCUUGGCCCAGAUCCAGCCUUGGAUGCAUGGGAGGACGAGAGUCCCCAGUGGGACAAUAAGCUCCAGUACAUGCUCAGUUGCGUGGGGUUUGCUGUGGGGCUGGGGAACAUCUGGAGGUGCCAGAACCACAGUGGAGGGGCCUUUUUCAUCCCCUACUUCAUUGCCCUGGUCUUUGAGGGGAUCCCACUCUUCCACAUUGAGCUCGCCAUCGGCCAGCACCUGCACAAGGGCAGCAUUGGGGUGUGGACAGCCAUCUCCCCCUACCUGGGCAGUGUAGGGCUGGGCUGCCUCACGAUGUCCUUCCUGGUCAGCCUGUACUACAACACCAUCCUCACCUGGGUGCUGUGGUACUUCCUCAACUCCUUCCAGCACCCAUUGCCCUGGAGCCACUGCCUGCUGGAAGGCAACAGGAUGGGGUUCGUGGCAGAGUGCCAGGGCAGCAGUGCCGUGAGCUACUUCUGGUACCGGCAGAUGCUGGACAUCACUGCUGACAUCAGCAACAGUGGCACUGUCCAGUGGCAGCUGCUCAUCUGCUUGGUCAUCUGCUGGGCUGUGGUGUAUCUGUGCAUCAUCAGAGGCAUUGAGACCACUGGGAAGGCCAUCUACUUCACGGCCCUAUUCCCUUACUUGGUGCUGACCAUCUUCCUCAUCAGAGGCCUGAUGCUGUCUGGUGUCACACACAGGCUCCGCUACCUUUUCACCCCCAACAUAAGUGGAGGGGGGCAGGGGGCACAGUGGGCAAGGGAGGCGGGCCUCCGGGUCUCGGCAGGGUUGGGGCAAGGAUUUUGGUCUGGGGUGUGUGGACCGGUGCACCUGCAGGAAGUCCAGGUGCUGACAAGGGGCCUCACACAGUUAAAGCCACGCAUGGGAGAGGACAGGGAGCGUGCCCGGGUCGGAGUCAGCUCAGAUCUGGUUCUAGGCCCCACCACCGAGUGCCAGCCACACUCUGCCAUGGGCCUGACGAAGCCACAGCUUGGUGGCUGCAUCGCAGAACAGGGGAGCCGUGUCAGCUACCAUGCCAAGCAAGCUCCCUCCUGGCACAAAAGGCAGAUUCUCCAGAACCUGUGGGUGUGGCUGGAUGCAGCCACCCAGAUCUUCUCCCAGUCCCUGGCCUUCAGUGGACACAUCGCCUUUGCCAGCUACAAUCCAUCCAGGAACAACUGUGAGAAGGACACCAUGGUCAUCUCCCUGGUGAAUAGCAUGACCUCCCUGUAUGCCUCUGUUGCCAUCUUCUCCGUCAUGGGCUUCCAGGCCACCACAGACCAUGGACAGUGCCUGGGCAGGACAGCCCAACAGCUCCGUGCAGGACAUGGGUGGACCUACCCUGACCGUGGCCCACUGAGGCCAAGCUCUGACCCACCUCUGGCAGGUGGGGUGGGGUGGGGGAAAGGGGCAGGUGCAGGCCUCCCACCCAGACCCUGCACCUCAGGGCUGGCCUGCCUGGCCUGCCUGCUCUCAGCCACCUGCUCCAUGCUGCAGUCCAGAAGUUACUGGCUGGAGAUCUUCGACAGCUACGCGUCCUCCUUCAACCUCAUAGUCUUCACCUUCUUCGAGGUGGUGGGGGUCAUCUACGUCUACAGCCUGUGGCAGUUCUGUGAUGACAUUGUGUGGAUGAUGGGGCAGCAGCCAGGCCUCUACUGGCGGGCGGUGUGGCUCGUGGCCAGCCCCCUGCUCCUCCUGAGUGUCUUCCUGGCCUACCUCGUCCUGCUGGCCCAGAGGACACUGAGCUACCAGGCCUGGAACCCUCAGCACGAGCAGUUCCCCUCCAGGCAGGAGAAACUCUACCCUGGCUGGGUGCAAGCCAUCUGCAUGCUCCUGUCCCUGCUGCCUGCUCUGUGGGUCCCGGGCAUCGCACUGGCCCAGCUGGUGGCCAAGUGUAGGAGGCAGCAGCAGGAUGAGUGGCUGGACAGGAGCCUGAGGCUGCAAGACAGCAGGGCCCACUGAGGGGCAGGGAUGGCCGUGGGUGACUUCAUCACACCCUGACACCGACUCUGCAGGACCCUUGGCUCCCCACGUCUUGGGCCUGCUCUAUCCAGGGUCCACUCUGCCCUCAAAUGGGAGGCAGAGUCCACCCAGGGGCACACCCAGGUCCUGGCUGCCAUGGGAGGCCCUCUGCGACAGUGCUGCCCACACAGCCUUAAGUUGUGGUGAUGGACAAAGGGCAGGCGUGCUGAUGGCAGGCCAGGCCCUGCACAGCUUCCCUGCCAGGAAUCCAGCCCCAGGCUGACCCCCAAGUCCAGCCCAGGAUAGGGGGCAGGAGUCAUCUGCACACAUGUGAGGGGGACACAUGGGUGCUGGGAGCCCAGCCAGGGAGGACUCAGAGACACCGCCAGUGUCAGCACCCAUGCUCGAGGGCAGAGGCUGCUGAAAUCAGAUUUCCUACCAUGGGGCCUCUCGGCCACUCCCUCCCGGUCCCCAGCCGCCCUUCACCCAUCAAGCACCCAGGCAGUCAGCCCCCACCUGCCCACCCCACCCCCACUUCCUUCUGACCACUGACCUCAGCCUCACACUGCCAGACCAGUACCCACAGAGCCCCUAGCCUUUUCCCGGUGCCCUGCAGAAACACACAGCUGGCCACACCCCCUGUGGCACCUGGCAAGGCAUGUGUGUGUUAUCACCCAAGGAGCAUCUGUGCUGGGAGCAGCUCUCGCCACCACGGGUGUGACCAAGGCCCGGCUGCAGAGGAGCUGAGAGCUAAACACCUGCUCAGCCCCAGCGCUCCAUGCACGUCUGAGUCCACAGUGGGGGAAGCUGGCACUUAGCCCUCCAUCAUGACACCCCCUCCCCACGCCAUGCUGAGACAGGUGGCAGUGAGCAUGGGGUGUCACACAGGGGAGCCCAUACCACAGGGGGCAUCCCAGGGCUCAGCCCCGUCUUGCUAGCUUGGACAUCACUGCUGACAGCAGCUCUGAGCAGACAGCCGAGGGGACAGGAGCUCGCGGGACCCACAGGCAUCUGCCCACUCUCAGCUCUGCCCUGCGGUAUCCCUUUGGCCAGCCCCCCUCAUAUGCUGUAGAGACCUCGUGGUUCAUGACCUGCCCUCUGCACAGUGGACAGUGCUGGCAGGGCCCCCACAGGGCUGGAAAAUGAGGGCAAUGCUGUCCCGAUACUGCCAUUGUGGCCUGCAAACCCUACCACUGCCCUGAACAGCUCCGGGGCUGCCCUUCCUGACCACACCUUGCCUGGCCACCCUGUGCCCAGGAGCUUGGCCUGGUGGGGCCCUCGGGGGUGGGCGGUGGUGGUGUCAGAGCCCUGGUUCAGUGGCCAAGAGGGAAGGGGUGGGGCUUGGGGACAGAGACCCAGUGAACACCCAGCCUCCAGAAAACUCAGCCAUGGAUGUGUGGACAGAUGGACACUCAUGUGAAUGUGGACAUGGCCCAGGGGCUGCAGAGGGCAAUGGUCGACCAGCAUGACACCCCCAUGGGCAUGAGCCCUCCAUGUGAUAUCCCUGACUGGCAGGGGCUGGCACAGGAGCAGAUGCUGCCCUCAUGUGGCCACAACAGAGGAGUCCACAGAGGGCCCCUCCCUCCUGGACAUCGUGUUCAUGGGCAACAGCCCCCAGGGGCAGACAGGGCCACCACCACCACAAGGUCACCCAAUGGGGGACUACAGUUAGCACGACCAGGAGGGGGCACUGGGGAGCAGGGCACAGCCAUCUUGUUUUUGGGGGGGCACUAUCCCUCACAGUCACAGCAGCCCCCACAGGUGACUGUGAGCCCGCCCCCUGGGGGUUCCGCCCCUGUCUCCCUCUCCCUGCCCUGCCCCUGUCAGGAGCUGCUCACUGCGAAGGCCAGAGCUUGGGCAGCAAAGAGGCUGAUGCCGUUUCACCUGUGGGGAUCCUGUGUCCACAAAGUGGCCACUCAACACUGCAUCCCCUGUAGGCACUGGCUGGAGUCCUGGCUGCCCUGCUCCCGCCCAGCUCCCUAAUAGGCCUUGGAAGGCAGCAGAGGAUGCCCAAGCACCUGGGCCCCUGCUACCCAUGUGGGAGACCCAGAUGGAGCUCCUGGCUCAGUGUUGACCAUGGCAGCCACCAGGGGAGCAGGUGGAUGGAAGCUCUCUCCCCCUCCCUGUCGCUCUCAAAUGAACCAAUAAAUCUGUGAAUUAUGAAAGCUCAGCUUUUCCAAGGUUUGGCAAACUCAGUGAAGCCUGAGAACCUGAGUGACAGUACAGCAGGGCCUGGGGUUCCCCAUGGGCACGGUGGCUUAGUCACCAGGAUGGUCUGGGGUCCCCUGGGCAUGUUGGCUUAGUCAACUGAAUGGUCUGGGGUCCCUGUGGGCAUGUCGGCUUAGUCACCAGGAUGGUCUGGGGUCCCCUGGGCAUGUUGGCUUAGUCAACUGGACGGUCUGGGGUCCCCAUGGGCACGUCAGCUUAGUCACCAGGAUGGUCUGGGGUCACCAUGGGCACGUUGGCUUAGUCACCAGGGUGG